GCUGUUAUUGCUGCUCGUUCGUUGAAAAUUGUUUAAAUAAAAAACUUAAAUACACAAGCAGCGAGACGAUUGCGCUCAGUGGAACGCCGGCUGCUCGAAAAGAGAGUUCCUUGUUAGCGGACGAAAACCAAAAAGUGUACCGCGUGUGAUCUAAGGCUGGAAAGCGCAUAAAACAAAAAAAUUAAAAAAAACUCGCCAACACACGCACACACAAUCACAGAAAGCCCCACACAUACACACAGUUAAUCUCCUACUCAGACACCAUACACAAGCGGCACAAUGAUCAACAUGGACAUUAGCGUAACGCCCAACUAUUCGUAUAUCUUUGAUUUCGAGAACGAUUUCAUACACCAGCGCACACGCAAAUGGAUGCUGGAAAACUGGACAUGGGUCUUCUACUACUGCGGCAUUUAUAUGGCCGUCAUAUUUGGGGGUCAGCAUUUUAUGCAAAAUCGACCGAGAUUUCAACUACGUGGCCCGUUAAUCAUAUGGAACACUCUCUUAGCCAUGUUCAGCAUAAUGGGUGCUGCACGCACUGCGCCUGAGCUGCUGCACGUUCUACGCCAUUAUGGACUAUUCCAUUCAGUCUGUGUGCCCAGUUAUAUUGAGCAAGAUCGUGUGUGCGGCUUCUGGACCUGGUUAUUUGUGCUGAGCAAACUGCCGGAGUUGGGCGAUACGAUAUUCAUCGUAUUGCGUAAGCAACCCUUGAUCUUCCUGCACUGGUAUCAUCACAUCACUGUGCUGAUCUACUCGUGGUUCAGCUACACCGAGUACACUAGUUCCGCCCGUUGGUUCAUAGUGAUGAACUACUGCGUGCAUUCCGUGAUGUACAGCUACUAUGCGCUGAAGGCGGCUCGCUUCAAUCCCCCACGUUUCAUCUCAAUGAUCAUUACGUCACUGCAGCUGACACAAAUGAUCAUCGGCUGUGCGAUCAACGUGUGGGCGAAUGGAUUCUUGAAGACGCACGGCACACAAUCGUGCAAUAUAUCACAGCGCAAUAUCAAUCUAUCGAUUGCCAUGUACUUCAGCUACUUUGUGCUGUUCGCACGCUUCUUCUACAAGGCUUACCUGUCGCCAGGUGGCCACAAGAGUCGUCGCAUGGCUGCCUCGCUGGUCGCACAGAAUACGGCCAAAUUGUCGAGUCCCAUAUCCACAUCCGAUGCGAACGUUAUGUCUAACAAAUAUGUGGGCGAAGACGCUCAAGCAGCAUAUAUGCGCAAAGCGAAGGCACAGUAGAGCCUAACUAUCGUGUACCAUCCGCCCCUCUUCCCUCUGAAAACAAUCGGCUAAGGACAUUUUAUUUAUGCAUUAGCGGGAUGUAAAAGUUGUUUUUUUAGUUUUAAAUCAGGCGAAACUCAACACAUACACACACACCUAUACGCUGGCGCACAUACGAGGGGCGUUUGAUCAAUUUUAAUUAUAAGUUUAGAGUUUUACCAGGCAAAACUGGCUUUCACACACAUACCCAUCUAUAUAUAUGUAUAAUUCUCCACAUAUAUAUAUUUAUAUAAUGUCAUGUACAUAAUGAAAUUGAAAAUUUGAAGCCAAGUCAAGUCAGUUAGGUGUUUUUUGUAAAAAGGUAGCGAUGAAAUGGAAGAAUUUUUGCCAGCCCAUAAAGAAGAAUCAGCUAUAUAUAUAUAUAUAUAUAUAUAUAUAUAUAUAUAUAUAUAUCUACUAUAUCUGUAAAUUCAGCCCCGAGCCGUGUGCAGUUUAAGCCUAAAGUUUGUGUCCUAAACAUCAAGAAUAGUUUUCCAUUUUUCAUUUUGAUUUCUUACUGUAAAAAAGAAGAGAAUAAAAUAAUAAUUAAAGUUCAUAUUUUACAUUCACAUUCACAAAUGAUGUUCAGAUCCUACAAAUACCUAUCUAUAUAAAACUAACUCUAUAUUCAUAUAUAAUUCUAACUGUUCUGUUCUAUUCGAUAUUCUGGUCAAAGAAAUCGAAAGUCCACAAAAAUAAUUCAAUUUUUUUAGGUUAGUAUUCAAAUUGCGCAAAUUGUUAAAACAAAAAAUAAGAAAAUGAAGAAAACAUAAACUAUAUUCAAUAACUAAUUUUUGAUAAAGAAAAAAAACGAAAUAACAAAAAAAGUGGCAGGGGCAUGCAUUUAGUUUCGAUUUAUUAAUUUUUGAAAAAAUUUGUAAUGAACCAGAUCAAAAAAAGUUUCUAACGGCAAAGAAGAACGUAACAAUGAAAAAAAGCAAAUGUUUAAAUUAUAUAUCUAUAUUUGUAAGAAAAACGAUAAAAAAAAAAACACAAAAACAAGCAAAAAGUCCUACUUGAAAAGUUAAUUUAGUAUAUACGAAGCAGACAACAAGAGACGUAGAAAAAGAGAGAGAAAAGAAGAGAAAGCGGAAGCAAACAGGAAUUCGCAUGCGUUCCUAAAAGACAGUCAUAAGAAACAAACAAAAAAAACCAAACAAAAAAACAAAAAAAA